GGCCUGUUUAUGAUAAGUAAGUACGUAUAAAACUCACCGUCGGCUAAACAUCGGCACCACACCGUCGCCGCUUCACUCACCUGACGCCGCGCUCCACAAACUCCGCCGCACCGUAGAGAUGGCAUCCCGCCUGGCCCUGGCCCUGCUCCUCGGGCUCGUCAUCGCCGUGCUCCCCGGAGAGGCUCGAGACAACACUUGGUCCGGAAAAUCCGGCGAACUCUUGGGAACGGAAAGCGACAAACCUGCACCACUUGAAGAGGAAGGGGGCAUUUCGCUGAGCAAGCGCACCUGGACUCUUCCAGAAGCACGAAAAUGCCGUAACCAGCCCUGCUGCAUGCGGCGCUGCGCGGGGGAUUUCUACCCCUUCAUCAUCGGCAUCUACCAUCGCAAGGGCGGCGGCCGGGGGAACCACCGCGGGUGCUGGUGCUACCGCCUGCCGUUCUGAGCUGUUCUACGGACACCCGGAGGCACUGCCCGGUGCCGAACACGGGAAGUGUUAAGACACGGAAAAGAACUUCCUAAUUCCUCGUCGUACUAAAGUGGUGGAAUACAAAUGAUAUUUGUACUCUCAGAGGACGAGUGAAAAGGAUGGACAAAUCAGAAUGCAAGCAUGAUCAAUCGGGUUUAAAGUAAAGUUUUCAUAGAUUGUUGUGCUGUUUAUGA